UGACUUGCUGCAGAUAGAAUACCAGCUUAACAUAGGCCUGCUCAAAGUUUCAAGGUGCAAUGAAUCGUGACAAAAGGCGGUGUUUGAAGAUGACUCCUUGAAGGCAACAGUGGGAGUGUCUCAAAAUCGUGCUCUAUAUAUCACCAAGAGCUCAGGGAGCUGUUUAGCUUCAGCUGGCAAGCUGGAUUAUUACAUGCCUCUUUGAAGUUUGUGGGGAAACGCUGAUUUCACAAUGGGCUCCAUCAGUGCAGCAAAUGCAGAAUUUUGUUUUGAUGUAUUCAAAGAGGUGAAACUUCACCAUCCCAACGACAACAUCUUUUAUUGCCCCUUGAGCAUGAUUGCAGCCUUGGCCAUGGUCUAUCUGGGAGCAAGAAACAACACUGAGUAUCAGAUGAAGAAGGUUCUUCACUUUGACAAAAUUGCAGGACUUGGAAGUAUCCAAACCAAGUGUGGCAAGUCUGUGAAUAUCCACAUACUGUUUAAAGCAAUUCUCUCUGAUAUCACUGCACCAGAAGCCAAUUAUUCACUGAGCAUUGCCAACAGACUCUAUGCUGAGAAGACAAGUCAGGUCCUACCGAUCUACUCAAAAUGUGUGAAGAAACUGUACAAAUCUGGUCUAGAAUUGGUCAAUUUCAAAACAGCAUCAAAUCAAGCCAGACAGCGCAUUAAUUCCUGGGUGAAAAAUCAGACAAAUGGACAGAUCCAGGAUUUCCUUGAACCAAGCUCUGUUAAUCCUCAGACUGCGCUGGUCCUUGUGAAUGCCAUUUACUUCAAAGGGAAAUGGAAGGUUGCGUUUAAAGAAGAACACACGCAGGAAGUGCCCUUCAAUGUGACAGAGCAAGAGAGCAGACCCGUGCAAAUGAUGCAUCAGAACGGCACCUUCAGAGUGGGAAGAGUGGCUGAAGAUAAAAUUAAGGUCCUGGAGCUUCCCUAUGCCAGCGGAGAGCUGAGCCUGUUGGUGCUGCUGCCUGAUGACAUCUCUGGCCUGGCACAGAUUGAGAACAAAAUCAGCUUUGAAAAACUUGCUGAGUGGACCAGUUUCAAUGUGAUGGAAAAGAAGAGAGUAAAAGUGUACCUCCCACGCAUGAAGAUUGAGGAGAAAUAUAACCUCACAUCUGUCCUGACAUCCUUGGGUAUGACUGACCUGUUCAGCCCUUCAGCCAACCUCUCUGGCAUCUCUUCAGCAGAGGGCCUGAGGGUGUCUGAGGCCAUCCACGAAGCACACAUGGAAGUCACUGAAGAGGGAACUGAGGAGGCUGGGUCAGCAGAUGACACAGAAGACGUCCAACCUUCCUCUGAGUUUGAAGAGUUCAAGGCUGACCACCCAUUCCUUUUCUUGAUCAAACACAAUCCAAGCAACCUGAUCCUCUUCUUUGGUAGAUAUUGUUAUCCAUAAAGAGAAGAGGGCUGGAAUAAUGCUUGCCUAUCCCUUAGAACAGACCCCUUUUACUCUGGUAUUGUAGUAUAAUCUAAUCUCCAAUAUUUUCUGCAAGUGAAAAGGCUACUCUAGGUUGUACCCUUUCCUGAAGCUUCGAUAGCACAGAGACACCUGCAGGUGAGGAAACAGCAGCAAGUCUGUUUGCUCCUUCCCCUUCUCAGACAGUUUUCAGUGUGGAUUGAGCCAAGUAAAGAGUAAGCCCUCAGAGAAUAGAGGCCCUCACAGGCCAGGAAGGGGUCACAUGAUUUUCACUUGAGGAAGGAACUCCAAGUCUUUGGUAUUCCAUUACGUGGAAAGCCAUGGGCUACGCCCAUUCCCUGGUACUAUCCUGCUAACAAACCCAUGCAGUUCCCGAAACACUGGCUUUGAAAUCCCCCAGUCUGGAGAAGAUGCUUGUGGACAAGGUUCUGCUAUGCAGGUAUUAAUUGGUGCCUAUGUAAAUUUGUAAAUUUUACUUAUUUUUUACUUAUCUGUUGGGAAAUGGUGCGCAUAUUCACUAUGACCAGAGCUGUUCUCUCACCAUGAGUACCUCAUGUAAUACUGAAUUUCUUCCAGAGGCUUUCCAAAGUCAGGGAGAGUUUCCCUUCCACUUCAGAAUGUUCAAGGAGAUCUAACGUAGUCUAGGUGCAGUUAUGUCUUGUCACAGAGCAUAGCUUCAAAGCCUGAAAUGUGGUUAUCUGGAUGAUUCAGGACUCAACUGCCAUGCAAAAGAGCUAUGGGAAUUUUUGUUUAAAACAUUGGAAGUUACUCCAAAUUUGAGAACAUUUUUAUUUUUGUGAAAAAUCCUGAAAGUUGCGUUAAAGAAUCUGAUUUCUCCAUGGGAGUUUUGUGAAAAAACACAGCUUUCAAAAGAAUUCCUGUUUCUGUUGAUCUUGCUUAACAAGUAAAAUUCAAUUUGUUCCUGGAAAGUUCUCAGUUGUUCAAAA